AUUAUGGCAUCGUUGUGUUGUCUUUAUCAUAGACGCUUCUUUUUACUGCACGGCAUCAGUUCUGUUUCUAUGCGAUUGUGCGCAAGAGUUAAGAGUCAAGGCACGUUGUGUAACAUGGAAUUCACGCGGAGACUGAAACGACAGCAUGUACAGUCAUACCUAGCCAUCUCGAUUCAACACAGACAAACAAACACUUUACAUUACAGAAGCAAAUCAUCAAGGUCACUUAGAUAUCGAGUAGAAGACAUAGGAACUGUUCCUAAUUUACUGUCAGCUAUACGGCUAUGUCUGGCGCCUUUCAUAGGGUAUUUGGUCAUUAACCAUGGCUACUCAAGUGCACUGGUACUAUUUACUGCAGCCGGGGUGACCGACUGGCUAGAUGGCUAUAUUGCACGGAAUUUCAAGAACCAACGGUCAAUUUUUGGAACAUUGCUAGACCCACUUGCAGACAAAAUUCUAAUCAGCAGCUUAGCCAUUUCGCUGGCAUAUGUUGGUAUCAUUCCAGUUCCCCUAACUGCCCUCUUCCUUAUCCGUGAUGUUGGUCUUAUUACUGCUAGUGUCUUGGUUCGUUAUCAAAGUCUACCUCCUCCUAAAACGUUUAGACAGUUUUGGAAUGUCAGGUAUGCCACCACAGAAAUAAAACCUACAGUCAUAGGUAAAAUCAACACAGUACUGCAGCUCGGACUUGUAAUGUCCUCAUUAGCUGCUCCAUUGGUUGACAUGGUGAACCACCCUUUGCUGCAAAUGAUGUGGUAUCUGACUGCCACAACAACAGUUGCCUCUGCGGUCAGUUACAUGGUAUCAAAAGAUGCUGUGAAAAUUCUCAAACACAGACAGCAGUAGAAACUAUCAGUGUACAGUACAUACAUUCCUAUUACUUUGGUGUACAAAAUCACUCAAUCACAAGACUUGCAAUUCUAUUGGUACAGACAAAUUCAAUAUUACAUGUAUAACCGAGGCACUAAUCU